AUGAGACCGAACACCUUUGCGCCGUCGUGGGCGCUCUGCUCCGCGCUUCUGGCCCUCCCCCAACUUUCCGCCGCCUUCUACCUCCCCGGCGUCGCGCCCACAUCAUACAAAGACGGCGACAGGGUGCCUCUAUACGUCAACAGUAUUAAGCCUAUUGCGGCGCAAGAUGCCCUCCUCCACUCUGUCAUGUCGUACGAUUACUAUAACGAGAGGUUUCGCUUCUGUCAACCUGAAGGCGGCCCCUCCUAUGUGUCCGAAAGCCUCGGAAGCAUUCUGUUUGGCGACCGGAUCAUGACCUCUCCCUUCGAGCUGAACAUGGCGAGGAACGAGUCCUGCAAGAAGCUGUGCAGCUCGAAGUACGACAUGCCGUCUGCGCAUUUCGUAAACAAGCGUAUCGCGCAGGGCUAUGCUUUGAACUGGCUGGUUGAUGGACUACCGGCCGGUCAAAAGCUGCUGGAUGAUCUGACCGGAACCGCCUUCUACAGCCCGGGCUUUGCCAUGGGGUUGAUAUCGACCACCGACCCCGACGGACCAACCUUCUUCAACAACCACUACGAUAUCGUCAUCGAGUAUCACAAAGUCAGCAACAGGCAGGACCAGUUAAGGGUGGUGGGCGUAAUCGUUCAGCCUUCGUCGAAAGCGUACAAGGACGGGAAUUUGGACUGCAACGAUAACCAGACGCCGCCCGUGGUCUUGUCCGAAGACGCUUCCUCCGAGACGGAGGUCGUAUUUACCUAUAGUGUCUACUGGACUGAGUCGUCGACUGUGUGGGCUACCCGCUGGGAUAAAUAUUUGCAUGUCUUCGACCCCAAGAUCCACUGGUUCUCCCUCGUCAACUCGGCCGUCGUCGUCGUCUUCCUGACCGUUACCGUGACGUCGGUCCUCUUCAGGGCAUUGAAGAAGGAUAUUGCUCGAUACAACCGGCUGGACCAGAUCAACCUAGAAGACCUAUCAGGCACAUCGGCCCUCGAAGACGGAGUCCAGGAGGAUUCCGGCUGGAAGCUGGUGCACGGAGAUGUAUUCCGGACCCCGACGCAUCCGUUGCUCCUAUCCGUCUUCCUGGGCAAUGGUGCCCAACUGUUUGUUAUGACCGGCUUCACCAUCUGCUUUGCAUUGCUAGGGUUCUUGUCACCGUCAAAUCGCGGCUCCCUGGGGACGAUAAUGAUCUUCCUCUAUACGCUCCUGAGCUUUGUCGGCGGAUAUGCCUCCGCGGUGGUCUACAAAUCGAUGAGCGGCGAGAAGUGGAAGCUGAAUAUCGGUCUGACCCCCCUUCUCGUCCCGGGCAUCGUAUUCUCGACGUUCUUCUUCCUGAACCUCUUCCUCUGGGCCAACGGGGCCGCCGGCGCUGUUCCAUUCACCACCAUGCUGGUCAUCAUCGCCAUCUGGUUCAUCAUCUCGAUUCCCCUGUCGGUUGCCGGCUCUUGGCUCGGAUUCCGUGCGCCUGCGAUCGAUGCCCCCGUUCGAACUAACCAGAUCCCACGACAAAUUCCUCCCGCCACUACUUACCUCAAGCCGAUUCCCAGCAUGCUGCUUGUGGGCAUCUUGCCCUUUGGAGCCAUCUUCGUUGAACUAUACUUCAUCAUGAGCUCAAUCUGGUUUAGCAAGAUCUACUACAUGUUUGGCUUCCUCUUCCUCUGCUACGGUCUCAUGAUAAUCACGUGUGCGGCGGUCACGGUUCUGAUGGUGUAUUUCCUGCUGUGCGCUGAGAAUUACCACUGGCAGUGGCGAUCCUUCCUGGCUGCCGGCACGAGCGCCGGUUACAUCUUCAUCAAUGCCUUGAUGUACCUAAUCAGCAAGUUAUCUCUUGGUGGCCUGUCUGGCACCGUUUUAUACAUUGGGUACAGCGCUUUGCUCUCAUUCCUGUUCUUCAUCCUGACCGGAUCGAUCGGGUUCUUUUCCAGUUGGUGGUUCGUCCACAAGAUCUACGGCUCCAUCAAGAUCGACUAA